AUGAAUGGUGUCACGUUCAUUGUUGGAUCACUAUUCACCUACGGCUUGGGACACAUCAACAGCGAAUCGUUGUACAAGUACCAGGUCAUCUUCAUGUUCUGCGGUCUUCUGACUGUGGUGUAUGCAUUGGUCGUUCUCGUCCUAAUGCCGGAUAGCCCGAUGAAAGCCAAAUACUUGACCGAGCGAGAAAGGUUCAUCGCAGUCGAGCGUCUGCGGGCUAACCAAAUGGGCAUUCAGUCAGGAGAAUGGAAGUGGGAUCAGGUUUGGGAGACGUUGGUUGACCUCAAGACCUGGUGCUGGUUCAUUGCCAUCAUCGCAAUAUCCAUAGCGAGUGGUGGUAUUUCCACCUUUGGCAACCUCAUCAUCCGCGACUUCGGCUACACCAACUUCCAAUCCAUCCUUUUCAACAUACCCUUCGGUGUCAUUCAGAUUGUCUGCAUCCUGGGUUCUUCCUGGGGUGCAACGCGCUGGAGUCGCAAGGGUCUUGCCAUCGCCCUCGUCGCCAUCCUUCCCAUGAUUGGCACGAUCAUGAUGUUGACCGUGCCGCGCCAGCAUAAAGGCGUUUUACUCUUUGGUUACUACCUUGUAUCAUGCCUCGCCGCUAUUACACCUUUGAUAUACACUUGGCAUGUUCAAAACACCGCCGGUGACACGAAGAAGAAGUGCACCUCUGCUAUGGUGUUCAUUGGAAUGUGCACCGGUAAUGUCAUCGGUCCGCUACUGUACUCGGUAGACGACGCGCCUCUUUACCGGCCAGGUCUUAUCUCCAACCUGGUCAUGUUCGCACUCGUAGCUAUCAUCGCGCUCUUGAUCCCCAUCUACCUAGCACUGUUGAACAAGAGGCACGCAAAGCGCAGGGAGGAAUUGGGCAAGAGCGCAGUCAGGGUUGACGAAAGUAUGCUGAAGAAGAAAGACAUGACACAAAAGGGCGUGGAGAUAGAGGCACAAGAUCAGAGACAGGAGCAAGAUAACGGCUUUUCUGACCUGACGGACAUGAAAAACGAAGACUUCAUUUACGUGUAUUAG